CCAUUUAUUUAAUAAACAUUAUGUGACGUUUUGAAAUCACUUAUCUAUCAUUUUUAAAAUAAAUUGUUAUUGCAGAUAUGACAAUGGUAAAUAAUUUGUCAAAAAUCUGUAGAGUUUGUAUGGAGGACGGAGUGUAUGAUAUUUUAACAUCAAUUUUCGAUGAUGAUUAUUCAGUUCAUAUAUCAGAGAAAAUAAUGGCUUGUGCACAAGUAAAGGUUAUUAAAGGAGACGGUUUACCUACAUUAAUAUGCAACAAAUGUGCAGAUAAAGUAAACAUUGCUUACCAAUUCAAACAGCAAUGUGAAUAUUCCGACCUACUAUUAAGAGAACUUGUUCAAAACAAUAACAAGGAAAUCAGUGAUAACGAUAUAGAAGAAUUAAAUAUUAAUCCAAGUAUGGGCUACAUAAUGAAAAAAGAUCCUUUAAACUCAGAUCACUCAGGUAAUAUUUACAAAAUGGAACCAUUAAUAUCUGAGAAUUUAGGAGCUGAAAUGGAAGUUGGGCAAAGCGAAAAUGAUCUAAAACAUUCAAAUACCAUAUUGGGAAAUAGUCCUCCUAUAUCACAUGCUAGUUAUGAAAUAAAUAUAUCCGGUAAUGUUUUUUAUGAAAGCACAGACUCUCCAUAUGAAUAUUUUAAUGAGAAUUGUUUAAGUCCUGAUAGAACUUUAGACCAAUUCACAGACAUAGAUUUAAAUUUUGAAUCAAAAUCUGAUCAAAUAUUGAAACGAAGAACGAGAAGACUGCCUAAAAAAUUGACAGAUAUUGAUACUUAUGUUUCUCCUAUAAGAAAGAAAAAUGUUAAAAUAAAAUGCCGUGUUUGUGCUGUUACUAUGUCCUCUAGUGCUAUGAUCACUCAUAUGCAAAAGGUUCAUAAUGAACAAGCAAUUUUUUGCAAAAUUUGCAACAAACAGUUUAGUGAAAAGACCGGUCUAGCUGGACAUAUGAAAUCACAUGCCAAAACAAAAUUAACAUGUAACAUAUGCGAGGCUACUUUCUUCUCAAAUUUGAAAUUAUAUUUGCAUAUGCAGAAAAUCCAUCACAACUCAUCUGGUUUAGAAAAUCUGGAGCAGGACAUAUUAGAUUUAAAAACAAAAAAGACCAGACCAAAAAAAUAUAUUUGCAAAUGCGGGCAUGCAGUAGCCACACCAGCAAAAUUGACAGCGCAUAUGAGAACCCAUAAAAAAAGCCAAAAUAAAUCCAAUAAUUCAUCAGAUAAUACUGCCAAUUUUGAUUCACCUAUAAAUGAUUUAGAGAAUGAUGAUGAAAAGAAAUAUCAUUGCACAAGGUGUUCAAAAUCAUUUCAUGAAAAAGGUUCAUUAGCAUCUCAUGAAAAGACACACGAUGGUUUAAAAGAGCAUGUUUGCAAAACCUGUGGAAGGGGUUUUACACAUUGCAGUGCACUAAGAACUCAUCAAAGGAUACAUAAUGGGGAACUACCUUAUGUUUGUAAUUAUUGUCAAAGGCGUUUUCGAUCUUCAGGCGAUAUGAAUGAACACAUAAGGCGAGCACAUACUUUUGAACGCCCGUUUUCAUGUUCCUACUGUGAUAUGAAAUUUGUUUCAAGCAGCGAUUUAGCACGUCACACGCGCCGACACAAAUUUAAUAUUUUUAAGAAUCAAACAAAAACUAACAAUUUAGAUAAUGAAAUUGCUCUUGAAUUGGAUUACUCUUAAUUUUAUCAAUGACAAAUAAAUGUAUCUAUUUGU